GCGGCUUUCCCGGCAGGUCCAGCGUAGGGGAGCAUGGGAGCGUGGGAGCCUAAUGGUGGCGCCGUCUUUCGGUCUCGAGUCUCGGCUGGGCGUCGCUUUCUGUUGCUUUUGCCUGGAUAGCGUGAGGCUUCCUGAGAUCUUUAGUCUCGGAGCCGUAAGUGGGGCCCGGCCGGCCCGGGAGUCGGCCUUUCCGAGGCUGGGCCGGGGAGAGGAGUCAGGCUCAGAUCUGUCCCGAAGUCCCUGUGGCGACUUGAAGACACUACCACCCCUCAAGAUGGCAUCCACACUCCCUACAACCGGGGCGCAGGGACCAGUGCUGUUUGAGGACCUGGCUGUAUAUUUUUCUCAAGAGGAGUGUGUGAGUCUGCACCCUGCCCAGAGGUCCUGCAGCAGAGACACGCCACAGGAGUGUUUGGAGGAUAUGGCCUUGAUGGGAGAAGAAGGCAAGAUUGAGAUUAAUCAGAAGCUAAGGCUAGAAUCUAUGGGACUUGAAGAGCUUGCCCUAGAAAAAUACUCCAUUGCUGUGCCCCUUGUCUAUUACCCAGAAAAUUCCUCUGAGCAUGGAGUUGGAAACCUUGAAAGGAAAAUGUCAGGUAGAACUCCUGCUUUCAAGAAGAGGUUCAUAAGCCUUUUAGUUACCAUUGAAAACCACACCCCUUUGAUAGAACUAUCUCAGUGUUUAGGAACCAGAGCACUUUCUGAAAUUCUUGAAUUUCCCGGGGAAGAAGCCAAAAAUUCAUACAAGUGUCCUGAAUGUGACCAAAGCUUCAGUGAUAGUUCAUACCUUGUUUUGCAUCAGAAAAUGCAUUCAGGAGAGAAAAAGUAUAAAUGUGGUGACUGUGGGAAGAUUUUCAAUCACAGAGCCAACUUGAGAACACACCAGAGAAUCCACACCGGCGAGAAACCAUAUAAGUGUGCCGAGUGCGGCAGCAGCUUCCGCCAGCACUCACAUCUGUCUCGGCACAUGAAUAUCCAUGUAAAGGAGAAACCCUACACCUGUGGCAUAUGUGGAAGAGGUUUCAUGUGGCUCCCAGGAUUGGCACAGCAUCAGAAAACCCACGCUGCCAAAAAAGCCUGUGGUAAAUGUUUUGGUCAGAAAACAAAUCUGGCUUUGCCUGAGAAAAGGCACGGGUCAGCCAGCCAGCACCCAUGCAGUCCGAGCGGGAAAUGCUUUGGGCAGCCCUCACACUUGGCCCUCCCCGAGCGGGGCCACGAGGACAACCCUGAACACUGCAGCGAUUGUGGGGAAAAUUUGCUUUCGUUCUCAAAAUUCGAACCCUUAAAGUGUCCUGAGUGUUCGAUGACCUUUCUUCGUAUCUCUGAACUUAUCUCCCAUCAAAGAAUUCACAGAGGGGAAAAGCCCCAUAAAUGCAAACCCUGUGCAGAAAGUUUUAUUUCAGACUCAGAGCUUGCAUGCCACCAGAAGAACCACACAGGAGAACCUUUUAAAUGUACCGUGUGUGGGAAAAGUUUCAGGUUGAAAACACAUCUCAUUGUCCAUCAGCAAACCCAUGCGCAAAACACCACGUAAAUAUAGCAAGUUUUCAUUAAUGCUUGUGCUUCUCAGUAUUUAUACUGAAAACUGGGGCACAGUUACCCUUUAUGUGCCAGGUACUGUGCUAAGCAUUUUACACACAUUCCAUGUAAUAUAUCAUUUAAUUUUCACCACCACCUUGAUUUAGGCACCAUGAUUUCGGUUUUAUAAUGGAGGAAGCAUAGUCAGUGUCACAGCUACUGAACAAAGCCAGAACUCUAACUCAGUAGCUCAGUUACUAUCCAGAUUCCAUUUGUAUGAGCCGGAGAAAGAUACAGAACUUAUAAAAAAAAAAAUUCAGUUUUCACUAAAAUGAAGGUUAUUGCUAGAGUUCUUUUAAUUUUGUUUACGUGGUUUCUAAGUAAGUUUUAGAAGGCAAAUUUAUUGUUUGCUAGUUCUGCAGAUCUAGGAUCUAGGAAAGUAAGUACCUUUGUAUCUAUUUUAUACUUUUUUUUUUUUUGCUGUAACAAUCAGAAUGUAAUGUUUGUAUGAGAUUAUUGUUUUACAUAUGAAUUUCUGGAGGGGUUUGGAAGCUUUUUUCCCUCCAUGUGAAGUGUUCCCAAAUGGGUUGGACUAGUUAGUGUCGAGAUGGCUGUUAGUAUCCGUGAAGUUAGUAUCCAUUCUCAGAUCUGAUGCCACUGGCCUUUGUGAUUCAAGUGUUUGGAAGGAAUUUUAGCAAUCUGACUACAGCCCUUUCUGGUGCCUGGACUUGAGCAAUGGAAAGGUACUUGCUUCUCUCUAAGAGGAUUUACCUCCAAGUCUUUACCAAAGCACAUCACCUGCCUUGCUAUGAAUAACAGUAACCCUUGUUUAGUGUGCAUGCUCAAUACUUCAGGUAUAUUAAUUUAAUCUUCAGAAUAAAUCUGACAGAAAAGGAC